GCGGCAGGUGUCGGCGGCGUCGGCAUUCGGCGGCGAUGGAGCGGCCCCGGGGAGCUGCGGACGGCCUCUCGCGCUGGCCCCACGGCCUCGGCCUCCACCUCCUCCUCCUCCUGCAGCUGCUGCCGCCGGCGACCCUCGGCCAGGACCGGCUGGACGCGCCGCCGCCGCCCGCUGCGCCGCUGUCGCGCUGGUCCGGCCCCGUCGGGGUGAGCUGGGGGCUGCGCGCGGCCGCGCCCGGGGGCCCGGUUCCCCGCGGCGGCCGUUGGCGCCGCAGCGCGCUCGACGAGGAUGAGGACUGCGGCCGGGUCCGGGACUUCGUCGCCAAGCUGGCCAACAACACGCACCAGCAUGUGUUUGAUGAUCUCAGUGUCUCAGUAUCCUUGUCCUGGGUUGGAGAUGGCACUGGGAUCAUUCUAGUCUUGACUACCUUCCAUGUACCACUGGUAAUUAUGACUUUUGGACAGUCCAAGCUAUAUCGAAGUGAGGACUAUGGAAAGAACUUUAAGGAUAUUACAAAUCUCAUCAAUAACACCUUCAUUCGGACUGAGUUUGGCAUGGCUAUUGGUCCUGAGAAUUCUGGAAAGGUGAUUUUAACAGCAGAGGUGUCUGGAGGAAGUCAUGGAGGAAGAAUCUUUCGAUCAUCAGAUUUUGCAAAGAACUUUGUUCAGACCAAUCUCCCUUUUCACCCUCUGACUCAGAUGAUGUAUAGCCCUCAGAAUUCUGAUUACCUGUUAGCCCUCAGCACUGAAAAUGGCCUGUGGGUGUCCAAGGAUUUUGGGGGAAAAUGGGAAGAAAUCCACAAAGCAGUGUGUUUGGCCAAAUGGGGGUCAGAAAACACCAUCUUCUUUACCACCUAUGCAAACGGCUCUUGCAAAGCUGACCUUGGGGCACUGGAAUUAUGGAGAACUUCAGACUUGGGGAAGAGCUUCAAAACCAUCGGUGUGAAAAUCUACUCCUUUGGUCUUGGGGGACGUUUCCUUUUUGCCUCUGUGAUGGCUGAUAAGGAUACAACGAGAAGGAUUCAUGUAUCAACAGAUCAAGGGGACACGUGGAGCAUGGCCCAGCUACCUUCUGUGGGGCAGGAACAGUUCUAUUCUAUUCUAGCAGCUAAUGAUGACAUGGUGUUCAUGCAUGUAGAUGAACCUGGAGAUACCGGAUUUGGCACAAUCUUUACCUCAGAUGAUCGAGGCAUUGUCUAUUCCAAGUCCUUGGACCGACAUCUCUACACCACCACAGGUGGCGAGACGGACUUUACCAAUGUGACCUCCCUCCGCGGGGUCUACAUAACAAGUGUGCUCUCAGAAGAUAACUCUAUCCAGACUAUGAUCACUUUUGACCAAGGAGGAAGGUGGAAGCACCUGAGGAAGCCUGAAAACAGUGAAUGUGAUGCUACAGCCAAAAACAAGAAUGAGUGCAGCCUUCAUAUUCACGCUUCCUACAGCAUCUCCCAGAAACUAAACGUUCCAAUGGCCCCACUGUCAGAGCCUAAGGCCGUCGGCAUAGUCAUUGCCCAUGGUAGUGUAGGGGAUGCCAUUUCAGUGAUGAUCCCGGAUGUGUACAUCUCAGAUGAUGGGGGUUACUCCUGGACGAAGAUGCUCGAAGGACCCCACUAUUAUACCAUCCUGGAUUCCGGAGGCAUCAUUGUGGCCAUUGAGCACAGCAGCCAUCCUAUCAAUGUGAUUAAGUUCUCCACAGAUGAAGGUCAGUGCUGGCAAACCUACAUGUUCACCAAGGAGCCCAUCUACUUUACCGGUCUAGCUUCAGAACCUGGAGCUCGGUCCAUGAAUAUCAGCAUAUGGGGGUUCACAGAAUCUUUCCUGACCCGCCAGUGGGUCUCCUAUACCAUUGAUUUUAAAGAUGUCCUUGAAAGGAACUGUGAGGAGAAGGACUAUACCGUAUGGCUGGCUCACUCUGCCGACCCCGGAGACUACGGAGACGGCUGCAUCUUAGGCUACAAAGAACAGUACCUGCGGCUCCGCAAGUCGUCUGUCUGCCAGAAUGGUCGGGACUAUGUUGUGACCAAGCAGCCGUCCGUCUGCCCCUGCUCCCUGGAGGACUUCCUCUGUGAUUUUGGCUACUUCCGUCCAGAAAAUGACUCCAAAUGUGUGGAGCAGCCAGAACUGAAGGGCCACGACCUGGAGUUUUGUCUGUAUGGCAGAGAGGAGCACCUGACAACAAACGGGUACCGGAAAAUUCCAGGAGACAGAUGCCAAGGUGGAGUGAAUCCAGUUCGAGAAGUAAAAGACUUGAAAAAGAAAUGUACAAGUAACUUUUUGAGUCCUGAAAAGCAGAAUUCCAAGUCCAAUUCUGUUCCAAUCAUCCUGGCCACCGUGGGACUGAUGCUGGUCACCGUCGUAGCAGGGGUGCUCCUCGUGAAGAAAUACGUGUGUGGGGGAAGGUUCCUGGUGCAUCGAUACUCUGUGCUUCAGCAACAUGCCGAGGCCAAUGGUGUGGAUGGCGUGGACGCUCUGGACACAGCCCCCCACACUAACAAGAGCGGCUAUCACGACGACUCAGAUGAGGACCUCCUGGAAUAGCUCCUCCAAGGAGCUGGGACCGAGGACAGAUGAUGGAACCGCAGUACCUCUCACACUCCCUGUGGCUCCGAAUGGGGGGAAUAAAUUUCCCAUUGCGAGGGACCCAGCUCUGUUUCUGCUGCUUCCACCAAAGCCAAAAGGACCUUCACUAAAGAAAUGCAGGGCGGGGGGUGGGGGGAACCCUAAACACUCUCAUAAUUGGCCCUGAGAAGGGGGGGGAGUUUUUAAUUCUUUAACUUUUUAUUUCAAAUUCUUUUUGCAAAGUAUGGGUUCUUUUGGUUUUGUUUUUGUUUUUUAAGGGAAACGAAAUGGAAUCAGAAGGGAACGUUUCACUAACCCCACUCUCGCAUGUUUUGCAUGGCGCCUGCUUCAGGGCUCCUGCCAACCCCAGCAUCAAUGUUCACAACGCACCCGGUGCUGUCCCUGGGCUCUGCCGGCGACACAAAGCAGCUGCCGAGAGGGACUUGGAGGCUGCAAUGACUGGCACGGCCCGGGCAGCCUUUCCCCGGCCAGGGACAGCCCUGCCCCGAGAACACUGCACACCAGCUCCUCACACACACCCUGCCUUUUCUUUCUUUCUUUUUUGGGGACCGUAGACCACAGUGGUGUUUCUUUUCCCCUGUUUAAUCGGGGAGUAUACCCUUGUCAGUUGCCCUUUGACAACUGACUUAACCAUGUGCUUCUAAGACACUAAAUCAGGAAAACUUAAAGGGCAAUAUUUUUAACUUGGGGCAGGAAGAAGGGAGCAGCAGAGAAUUGACUAGAUUUAGCACCUAUUAAAGGACAAAUUCUUGCUUCUUCCAAGAUCUUUCCAACCGUGCUUCAUGUUUGUGCCAGUGGAUUUGCUCAAGGACAGGGUUAGGGCUUGCCCCGGAUGUCUGCCCAGGCCAAGUGACCUCUUUGCUAGAGCCGAGGGAGGGCGCCCGGUGUGGCCCCUACGGACUGAACAUCACACAGUCUUCCAUGUCCUCUGCCACCUGUUGGUACGGCGGUGAAUCAUCAGGAUGGCCGUUUACUUGCGUGCCUCCUCCUGGAUUGCUGUCGUACAUGGAGCCAGGACUAACACAUUUUCAGAUUUAUAGGCUGUUUUUUUGAAAAUCAGGACUUUAUUACCAGGCUCUCCUCCUCACCCAUUUUCCCCAGCUUUGCCAAGGAAUUUGUUGCCGUGAAACAUUUGGCCGAACCAACUGAAGACACACUUCCAGUGUAGGUGAUGUUUUAUGUGAUACAUUAGGUUCGUAUUUUAAAUUUAAGGAAAUUUUCCAUUUGACACUUUUCAAAUUAAGUUCACGGUAGAAUGUAGUGAGGUGGAUUUGAAGACGGCCAUAUAGUAGCGGCGAGCUGCAGUAGUUAGAUUUCAUACGGCUUGGAUGUUUGCUCGCCAGGAAUAUAGCAUGGUACAAGCUUGGUCUUAGCAUCCCUACUGUGCUGGCCACAGUUUCACCCAGUAAUUAUGAUUGGGACAUUCUUUGGUAACUGCCAUUUUGCUGCUCGUUCAUUUUAUGGCUGUAAAGUCACAAAAAAGUAAAUGUGCCAAAUUAACUUUUGUCAGAAUGAGUGAGCAGAUGGCCGUGUUCUCUCCUCCCCAGAAUGGAUUAACAGCAGCAGGGAAAGUGGGAGAGGGGGUGGAUGGAGAAGGUUAGAGACUCUGAAGCUGCAGGAAAAUUAAAUGAGUCAGGGAGCCCUAGUUAGAAAAUAAAGUUAGGGCAGUUUUUGUGAAGAGGAUUCAUAUUUGCUCGAGCUAGAGAGCACUGGUCUUUUAGGAAAAGCUCAUUCAUUUGACCGGCUCACAAACGAUGAAGUGUCAGCUUUUGUCCCAGACACCCUCACCUCCUGUCCAAAGUGAAUUUGAUG